CCUUGCGCCACGCCUCUGAUCUGCAGCUUCGGCAGGACCGUGGACCUGGAGAAGGACGACUACCAGAAGGUGGUGUGCAACAACGAGCACUGCCCCUGCAGCACCUGGAUGCACCUGCAGUGCUUCUACGAAUGGGAGAGCAGCAUCCUGGCCCAGUUCAAUUGCAUCGGCCGGGCCCGCAGCUGGAAUGAGAAGCAGUGCCGCCAGAAUAUGUGGACCAAGAAGGGCUACGACCUGGCCUUCCGCUUCUGCUCCUGCCGCUGUGGGCAGGGCCACCUAAAGAAGGACACAGACUGGUACCAGGUGAAGCGGAUGCAGGACGAGAAAAAAAAGAAGUCUGGGUUAGAGAAGAACACAGGGAGGCCCCCAGGGGAGGCUGCAGAGGAGGCAAAAAAAUGCAGGCCCCUGAACAAACCCCAGAAAAGCUUGAACCAUGACCUCCCCCGACGACAUUCCAUGGACCGGCAGAACUCCCAGGAGAAGGCGGUCAGCACCACUGCCUUUGGUGGCCGCUCCCCUUGUGGUUCCCCUGGUCAGUCCCCACCCACUGGCUACUCAAUCCUCUCUCCUGCCCACUUCAGCGGUCCCCGCUCCUCUAGAUACCUUGGGGAAUUCUUAAAGAAUGCCAUUCAUCUGGAACCUCAUAAAAAGGCCAUGGCUGGGGGCCAUGUGUUCAGAAAUGCCCACUUUGAUUAUAGUGCUGCUGGAUUGUCUGUUCAUAGGGGGGGACACUUUGACACCCCUGUACAGUUCCUGCGGCGGCUGGACCUCUCUGAGCUCCUCACUCACAUCCCCAGGCAUAAGCUAAACACUUUCCAUGUGCGGAUGGAAGACGAUGCCCACAUGGGCCAGGGCGAGGAUCUGCGGAAGUUCAUUCUUGCAGCCCUCAGUGCCAGCCAUAGAAACGUUGUAAAUUGUGCUCUGUGCCACCGGGCACUUCCUGUCUUCGAACAGUUCCCACUGGUGGAUGGAACUUUGUUCUUAAGUCCCUCAAGACAUGAUGAGAUUGAAUAUGAUGUUCCUUGUCACCUUCAAGGGAGGCUCAUGCAUCUGUACGCAGUGUGUGUGGAUUGCCUAGAAGGGGUUCACAAGAUCAUCUGCAUCAAGUGUAAGUCUCGGUGGGACGGCAGCUGGCACCAGCUGGGCACAAUGUACACCUACGACAUCCUGGCCGCCUCUCCCUGUUGUCAGGCCCGCCUGAACUGCAAGCACUGUGGGAAGCCUGUGAUCGAUGUGCGGAUCGGGAUGCAGUACUUCUCUGAGUACAGCAACGUCCAGCAGUGUCCACACUGUGGGAACCUGGACUACCAUUUCGUGAAGCCAUUCUCCUCCUUCAAAGUUCUUGAAGCUUAUUGAUGAAAGCUUUGCUUUAGUAAUAGGUAUUUUAUUGAUAUUACUUUAUUACAUAUCUUUUAUAGGGAAACAUUCUGUGACAUUAAUUUCUUUUCUAAUUUAAAGCAGAGUUACUUUGUAUAUGUAUACCACUAAAAUGGGGCUGCCCUUUCCCCUGUCUUGAUCCACCAGUGUUAGUCUGUGGUCAGGACCAGAGCCAGGUGGAUAACAGUGUGAGUGUGGGUAGGGUUCGUUUUCACCAGAAGUCUCUGAUGCAGCUUUAAAGUGAUGGGGAGGAUGGGAUGAAUCUAGAAAAGGGAUUAUGUGGCUAUGAACUAAAAGUAUAGAAUGGGGAGAGAGCAUUUAGUAAAAUGUUUACUUUCUAAAGACCCAGUUUUAGAUCUUCUGUGGGCCUUAGGCAAAAUAUGUGACAAGUGAAUGUAAGUCUGAGCGUGGAGAACCAGUAGUGUGUUAGGCUGUCUCGGCUUCGUGUUCUGUAGCACACGCUGAAAUGCAGCUGCACUCACAGGUGAUCUGAAAGUGGACAUGAGUAUUCUUUUCUUUCAGUGUUGUAACUUAACACUCAGUUUUCAUAUUGAAAAUAAUACCCAGAUUAGAAGACGGGAAAGCUGUUGGUGUUGCAAAUGUUUUUAGCUAAACUGACCUAUAAAAGAACAUGUGAAAUAGGUUUGGAAGUGAUGCCCUCUUGAGAAGGCAAAAGGCAGAGCUCUGUCAUUUGAGUUAUUCUGUGAAGUUGGUCUCAGUAAUUCUUAAGGAGAAUCCAUGCAGAGUGUGACUGAGGGGUGACAUUGUCUAGAGAUUGUACUUUGGAAGUGCGGUUUGGUAUCACAUUCUUCCCACAGGCAAAUCCCACAGCCAUAGAACCUAACUGGUGAGCUGCAGAACCAGUCAUGCCACACUUAACUUCCCCAUAAUGCCUUAUCGCCGUGUCUAACCCAUUUAAUACUUAGUUUCCAAAAUCAGAGUUGAGCUGAGGAAGGGAAGGAUUGUUUAAGAGAGUGACAAAGAAAAGAAUAAUUUUAGCAUUUCUUUUUAAAGUGUGUCAUUUUGGAACAUCACUGUUGUAAUACAUGAUAGUCUGCUUUAAAAAUGGUCAUCCUAAAGAUCCUUACAAUAACAUAUUGGUUAAAAAAAUCACUUACAGAACUUCAUUAGAGCAUUGAACAUUCUAAAAUACUGCCUUCUGUUCAUUAGAUUGUAAUACAUUGAUACUGUAUACUUUUGUAGAAUUGAAAUUAGAUUCUCACAAAUAAAUUGAUAAUUUCAAGUAUGAUACGUGUAUAUUCUAAAAAGGUUACUAAAAUUAAUCAUUCUAUGAAUAGCCAAAUUUGGCAUUGAUGUGAAUAUUUCAUAUUAUUUAUUUGGCUUACAACUUUUUCCUCUGUUAUUUUUUUUUCCUUUUAGGCAUUAUGCACUUGAAUUUCAUUUUUAUUAUGUGAAAUAUGUUAUAUUUUGAAACAACACAUCACUGAAAAAAGUGCAUCAACUAAUAUUCUUCACCUUUCACUUAGGAUGAUUCUUACUUGGUAUACUGCAUCUAAUUUGGUGUUUGAUCUGAAAAACAUUCCACGGUGAAGGGGGAGCUCAAAAUGCCUAUGAAACAGGAUCACUACUGGUCAGGCAGUGUGUAAUGCAACUACAAGAGGCCUAGAGAACAUAGUCCUUGGAAUUUAGUCACCGAUACACAAAGCUGUAAUUGUGAAUUGUUUCCCAUUGAUUUUCUUAUCCAAAUAAAUUGCUAAGUUUCUCUUAUUUUCAGAAAACCAUUUGGGUUUCAUUUCUGAAUUUAAUAUUAGUAAUAAAAUAUUUGUAAUAUUCUACAACUCACCUGUUCCUCAACCUACCCACAUAUUUUUAGGAAACCUACUUGUUCAGAAGCUGACGCAGUUGACCUCUGCAUUGCAUUCAGUGGCAAGCUCUUCAGGGUAAAAUCACUAUGAGCUUAGUCUAUGCUGCAUUCUGUAUUUUUUCCUUAGAUUGUUUUCUAUCCUCUUGAAAAGUAAGUAUGGUGAGGUUUCCCUACAAUUCAGUAAAAUCUUGCUUUUGGAUGUUAUUUUGAUAAUGCAGUGAAUAUGCAGUUAUAUUAAAAGAGGCAUGAGUAUCAGAAUCUUUUAAGGCACAUUUUUAUGUAAAAGAAAAAAUUUGGCUAAUUAGAGAAUAAAAUAUAAUUAAAUGUGCAACAGUGUGAGGUGCUCGCUUUGAUAUUUUCUCCAAGCUUGCCCCGAGCACUUUGAUCAUAAUUGGGAUUUGUCAAAGAGAGAUUAUUAUUUUUGUCACUGUUAGGGUAUUAAAAUAUAUCAAUCAUCCAGGAAAUGCAGUUUCUGUUUUUCUGA